CCUCCAGACGGGGUUGGAGGAUGCUCACACACUUAGCAUAACUUAGCAUAAUUUAUGCGACAGCGGCGGCGGCUGCUGCUUGCUUGGGACCGCAAGUCGCAUUCCACGCGUUGGGCCCCGCUUUGCAAAGAGAAAACAAAUACAUUUGGGCAAAAUAUUAACCGAGCAACCUGCAGUUAUUUUACAGCGACACACACACACAAAAAAAUUAAAUAUUAUUACGUGCAAUUAAAGCGCUCGCGUUGUUGGUGGUGUUUGGCGGCGGCGGCGGGGGGGGAGGUAGGGGAGUGGGUGGAACAAAAAAAAAAGCAAAGUUUAAAGACAUUUAAUUCGCAAUUGAUUUAAAUUUGGCAAAACCGUCAACCGCCUCUGUGCCGUCAACUCCCGUGCCUGAGAAAAUAACACUGAAGGUUGGGGCCGCGUCCUGGGAGCGACGCCGUGAGCCACCCGUACUCAAUGAUCGCUCUGAGCCAUGUCCGAGCGUGCGGGGCAGAGCGCAAAGGGAAAGGACGGCAAGACCAAGUACGCGUCGCUCAGCCUCUAUAACACCUACAAGGGCAAGAGCAUCGAGACCCACAAGACUACCAUCGCUACGAGACAUGGCCUGCAGAGCCUGGGGAAGGUGGCCACGGCGCGGCGCAUGCCGCCCCCUGCCAACCUGCCGAGCCUGAAGGCCGAAAACAAAGGCAACGACCCCAACGUGACGCUGGUGCCCAAGGACGGAUCGGGAUGGGCGAGCAAGCAGGAGCCUCGCGACGACAAGACGCCUCGGGCGCCGCCUCUACUGCAGCCAGAGUCGCUGCCGCCGCCGGCUACACCGAGCUGCGCCGUCUCCUCCGCCCCCUCGCCCCCCUCGGCCAACGUCAGCGCCACCACAACCACCACCACCACCACCACAGAGAGUGCAACCUGCAAGACGAAUGUCACCUCCUGGGCUCCACCUGCACCCAGGGGCAGCAAGGUUCACGUAGAAGUAGUGGCUGCCCCGAGCCAGCGUUCGCGGCUGUCUCAGCAGGAGUUCCCCAGUCUGCAGGCGGCCGGGGAGCAGCAGCAGCAGCAGCAACAGCAGCAACAGCAGCAGCAGCAACAGCAGCAGCAACAGCAGCAGCAGGCGGAGCAACGCGGGGAGGCUGCCCACGACGGUGCCGUGCCGGCGUACGGACCCGGGCCCAGCCUGCGCCCACAGAAUGUGGCAAGCUGGCGGGAGGGCGGUGGGCGCAUCGCAAGCGCAGCGGCAGCCGCAGCGGCGGCUGGAGGAAGCGCGGCGGUGGCGGCGCCGGCAUCAUCAUCAUCGUCGGCGGCGGCAGCCGGCGCCGGCUCGGCGGGGUCCGGAGGCGCUGGCGUCCCCCCUGGCGCCAGCCUCGGCGACCCCGAGCCCCUCAGAGGCGCAAACGGCGUCGGCCCCCGAGGGGGAGGGGUGCCGGGGGGGGGGGGGGGGGGGGGGGCGCCGGCGCCCGAGACGAGCAGCCCGGGACUGCUGGCGACGCCACAGAUGAUGGCGCCCGGUUCCUCCUUCCCCUCCUCCUCCUCCUCCUCCUCCUCUUCAGCUGCUGCUGCUGGCGCCGUCGGCAAUGCGUUCUCGCCGGCGCCCUUCCGGGGCCCUGGGCCUCCUUUUAUGGGGUACCCCUCGGGGUCUCUGCGAGGGAUGACAUUCGCCCCGGCUUUUGGUCCCGCAAAAUUCCGCUUCCCGUUCACGCCAGCUGAGGCGGCCAAGUUUGCCCAGGGAGCUGGCCGCGCCGGACCACGCGGCCCAGGCUUGGUGGGAGGCCUCUCUGUGGUCACGGCGUCUUCGGCAGCCGCGGCCCUGUCGUCGGGGGGCGGCGGCGCCGGCGCAGUCACCGGCGGCGCCACGCCGCCACCGGGCGGCGAGCAACCGCUGGAGCGUCCCUGCAUCGUCAACGUCAACGACCUGAAGGAGUUCGACACGCUGGAGAGCGAGGCCGACGACGGAUGGGCCGGCGUUCAGGACGAGGUGGACUACUCCGAGAAGCUCAACUUCAGCGACGACGACGAACCCAACGGCUCCAAAGAGAAGAAGCUUUGGGUGGCCCAGCAGCGAGUGGAUGCCUCUUCGGAGCUAUCCAUCAAGACAUCUGCACUGAUGCAGACUUCACAAGCUGGACAGUAUCAGCAGCAACAUCAGCAUCAGCAGCAGCUCCAUCACCAUCAGCAGCAGCAGCAGCUCCAUCAUCAUCAGCAGCAGCAGCAUCAGCAGAGCUGGAAGUUGCCCGGCCGCCCCGGCUUCGAGCGCCGCCUCGCCCCGCCGGAGCUCCCCUGCCCCGUGGGGCAGCGACUGCAGUCGCCACUCUUGGGCUCGCAGCCUGCGCCCCAUCACCUCCACCAGCACCACCUUCACCAGCAGCAGCAGCAGCAGCACCACCAGCAGCAGCAGCAGCAGCACCACCAACUAAUGCAGCAGCAGCACCAACAACAGCAGCACCACCUCCACCCGCUCCACCCGCAGCAGCAUCCGCAGCAGCACCACCCGCACCAACAGCAGCACCACCACGUCCCUCAGCAGCAGCAGCAGCAACAGCAGCAACAGCACCACCACCACCAGCUGCAGCUGCCGCUGGCGCUCAUGCCGGGACGUCCCGGCUUGCAGGCGCCGUCGUCCAUGCCGCCCGCCGUCGCCGUCGCCGUGGCGGCCGUGGCGGCGGUGGCGGCCGCGGCGUCCGCUUCCGCCGCCGGCGCCGGGGGCGGCGGCGGCGUAGCGGGCGGGGGCAUCCUCCCCGCCCCCGCAGGGGGGCCUUUGCCGGCGCCGGCGCCGGCGGCGGCGGCGGCGCCGGGCUCGCCCGUCGCUCCCGCGCCGGUGGCAAAGGCGCCGUCGGAGGAGGCGGAGGACGAGGCGUGGCGGCAGCGCAGGCAGCAGGCGAGCGGCGGCGUCUCGGCCGCGGUGGAGCGGGCGCGGCGCCGGCGCGGGGCGGAGGAGCGGCGCAUGGAGGAGGAGCGCCUGGCCGCUUGCGCCGAGAAGCUGAAGCGCCUCGACGAGAAGAUGAUGCUGAUGACGCAGGCGACGGUGCAAGCCGGCGGAGGGCAGCAGCAGCAGCAGCAGGCGGUGGCGGCGGGGACCGGGCAGGCGCGCGACGGCGGGGCCGCGGCGGCGCCGGUGGCGGCGACGGCAGAAUUGGCGACUCGAACUCCCCGAUCUGACUCGGAGCUCAAAGCGGCUCCCGCUGCUCCUCCUCUUGCCUCCGCCGCAGCUGCUGCUGCUGCGUCGUCCUCCAUCACCACCACCACCACUUCGCCCGCCCCCCCCUCCUCUUCCUCCUCUUCCUCCUCUUCCUCCUCUUCUUCCUCCACGCCCCUCCCCUCGGGCACCACCUGCUCCGCCCCGCCCCUCCCCCCGCUGAAGCCGGCUCCCGUGCUGGCGCCAAAGAAAGAAGCGGAGGCUGCGGCGGUCGGCGGCGGCGCCGGCGUCACCGGCGCCAUCGGUAGCGCCGGCACGAGCCGGAUCCGGAUCGGCGCGGAGAGCGGAGCCGGCAAUCGAAGUAUCGGGGCACACGAUCCCCCUCUGGCACCGACGGGCUGGAAAGAGGGCGCGGGCCGCGUGUCCCUCCCCGUCUCCACCUCCCUCUCCGCUGGCGCCACCGCCAACAGCAGCAACAGCAGCAGCAGCAAUAGCAGCAGCAGCUCCGUCAAGAACGCAGCAGCAGCAGCGGCAGCAGCGGCAGCGGCAGCUUCCACACAACCACCACCAACCCCGACUCUGACACCGCCACCUCAGAAGCUGGCGCCGAAGGCGCCAGCCUCUGUCGCCGCCCCGGCGACGGCGGCGUUGGCGCCGGCCUUGGCGCCGCCGCCGCCGCCCCCCGCGGACGAGGAGAGGGGGGCGGGGGAAUCUGCGGGGGAGGGCAUGGGGGGGCCGCCGAGGGAGCGGGGGGGGGCGAUGGUGGCGCAGCAAGGGGCGCCAGCGCACGCCUACUCCCGCCACUUCCAGAAGACGCUGCCGCCGAGAUUCCAGCGCCAGCAGCAGGAGCAGUUGUUGAAGCAGCACUGGCAGCAGCAUCAGCACCAGCAUCAGCAGCAACCGCAGCAGCAGCAGCAGCUGCCGCACUCGGGGCUGACCCCGCCACCGCAGCAGCAGCAGCAGCAGCAGCGGACUCAGUACCAGGGCGGGAUGGUGCCCGGGCCUCCGUUGCCAUCGCUGUCCAUCAGCUACGACCCGCGCUGGAUGAUGAUGCCCACCUACAUGGACCCGCGAAUGAUGCAGGCGGGAGGGAGGCACGGCUCCUCGUCCACGCAGGCAGCCGCAGGGAUGCAUCAUCCUUCAGCCGGCCUGCUGGCGCCGAAGCAGGUCCUGCGUCGGGAGCACCCGGACGGCGCUCCUGCCUCUGCGAUGGAGUCUUACCUCCAGCACGGCAGCGGCGGCGGCGGCGUCGCGUCCACCAACGCACAGCCGCCCUCUCAAGGUCACGCGGCGCCGGCCGGACUCCUGCUGCGGGAGCGAGCGACGCCCCCCGCGGAGCCACCCCCCCGUGCCGUCUGGGGUUCGGCGGAACCGUCGGAGCCGACGCGCCGCGUCUCCCCUUCCUCCGCCGGCGCCGUCACCCCCACCUCACCGCCACCGCAGCAGCACCAGCAGCACCAGCAGCACCAGCAGCAGCAGCAGCCUCCUCCCCGCUUCCUGCAAGACUCUCGGCGUGACCUCGUGCUGGGCUCGCGCUCCGAGCAGCACCAGCAGCACCACCUCUUCGACGCGGACGACGUGUCCCCGCACCACCACGUCCCGGCAAUGUACCGCGACCUGUUUGACGGCGGCGGCGGUGGCGGCGGCAUUCGAUCGGCCCCGCGGUCUUACCGGGACAAGCAGAUGUUCCAGCAGCAGCAGCAGCAGCACCACUCGCCGCACUUCGAGAAGCUGUACCGGCACGCCGAGCUCGCCUCGCCCGACGACUCGCCUCGCUCCCCGCUGCCGCGGAGGAUCGGCGGAGAAUCAUCCGGCACCAGGAAGGAAGCUGGCGGCGGAGGCGGCGGAGGCGGCGGAGGCGGUGGCGUCUCGGCCCCGCGUGGUGACGAGAGGGAGCGAGAACCCGGGGCCGGAGCCGUGGUGGCCGGAUUGUCGGCGCGGGGAGACACCCGGCAGAGGGGAGAGGGCAAGGCCAGCGCCAAGGCCGCCACUCCGCCCAGCGCCGGCAGCACCAGCGGCAGCAGCACGGCCUCUGGCGGCGCCGGCGACUUUGCGAAGCCGCCGCACUGGAAGGACGGCAAGCUGGAGACCCGCUGGGGGCCCAAGCCGGGUUCCAGCGGCGGCACGGCCGGCGCCGCCGCGGCCGGCGCCGCCGCCGCCGCGGCCGGCGGCAACUCUGCUCCGCCUCAGCAGCAGCAGCAGCAGCACCAGCAGCCUCCUCGCCGCACCGGCCCCAUCAAGAAGCCGGUGCUCAAGGACCUCAAGACGGCCGACCGGGACGACAAAUCGGCCGGCUUCUCCGACGGCAAGGCGGCGGGCGGCGACCCCGGCGCGGAUGGCAAGGAGCCGGGCGCCAGGGGGGCGGCGGCUGGCGGCAGGGACGCGCGCCCCGACCGCUCGUUCCCCCCGGCCGACGGCGGGGGCAAGGACGGCAGCGCCGGCGGGGUGUUGCCAUCGAGGCCCCCGCGCCGUCGCGACCCUCCCUUCGAGCGCGCCUUCCGCGGCCGCGGCGGGGCGGCCGCCGCCGCCAUUGGCGGCGGCGGCGGCGGCGGGCUCGCCGCCAACGCCGGCUGCGGCGCGAGGGUGUCGAGAGGGGGAGGCGGCGCUGUCGGCUCGCUCACGGCGGCGUCGCGUGGGACGUGCGGCGGCGGCGGCGCCGGUUGCUCACCGGCGACGCGGGGCAGAGCCAGCGCCGGCACCGGGCACCACCGCGACUUCCCAGGCUCCCGCGACUCGCGCUUCCGCUACGGCGGCGCCAGCGGCGGGCAGUGGGGCGCGGAGGACGACAGCGAGAAUUCCGACACCGGCGGCGGUGGCGCCGGCGCGGAGCUGGCAAAGCGGCGGCGCCAGCAGCAGCAGCAGCAGCAGCAGCGGGCGUCGGUGAGCGACGCCGAGAGCGACGCGCUGGACGGUUGCGGCGGCACCGGCAAGAGAGAGGCGUCCGGCACCAGCAACAACGGCAGCGGCGGCGGCAUCGGCGGCGUCAACCGUGGGCAGCAGCAGCUGUCGGCACCAGCUCGGCUGCUCGGGCUAGACCAGCAGCAGCCGCAGCAGCAGCAGCAGCAGGCGGUGGGGUUUGGAGCGGCGAGAGCCGCCGUGGCGCCGGCGGUGGCGGCGGCGUCGUCGGCAUCGGCGCCAUCGCCGGCCGCGGGCGAAGAGAAGCAGGACCGGCCGUUUGCGCCGAGGGGAGAGCCGAGCCGCCGGGGCCGCGGGGGGGCGCUGUCGCGGGGCGUGGCGCGCGCCAGCAUGGUGCUGUCGGCACGGCACCAGCAGCUGCACCAGCAGCAGCGCCAGCACCAGCACGAUUGCGCCGAUUGCCCUUCCGGCCCCGACAGCUGCUGCUGCUGCCCACUGUCGGCGUCUUCGGCGGCGGCGGCGGCGGGGGGGCCGCCGCCGGCGGACGGCGCUGGGCGGCCCUGCUUCAACGACCGCUGCCGGGCCGAGCGACCGCCGCGGCGCCAGCGCCCGGCGCGGCCGCCCCGCCAGGACAAACCGCCGCGCUUCCGGCGCCUCAAGCAGGAGCGCGAAGCUGCCGCGGCCGCUGCGGCCGCGGCCGCCGCCGCGGCCGCGGCGGGGGCCGCGGCUGCAGCGGCGGCCGCGGCUUCGGGCAGCGCCGGCUCGGUGGAGACUCUGUCACCGCUGCCGUCGCCGACGCCGGCGGGCGACGACGACGACGGCGGCGGCGGCAACAACAACGGCGCGGCCGCGGUUUCGAGCGACGCGCCGGCGCAGCUCAACUCGGCGGCCGCCGCCGCCGCCGCCGGCGGAGCGAACGGCGCCGGCGGCGGCGCGGCGUCGGGGAGCAAGUCGCCGGACCUGUCCAAUCAGAACUCGUCGGACCAGGCCAACGAGGAGUGGGAGACGGCCUCGGAGAGCAGCGACUUCAACGACCGCCGCGAGCGCGACGAGCGCGACGAGUCGCUGCAGGCCGCCCUGGCGCCGGCGCCCGGGCCCGCGCCCGAGGGGACGGCGGCCGACGAUCUGUCGGAGUCCGGCGGGGGCGGCCGCAAGGACGGCGCUCCGGGGUCGGCGGCGGCGGCCAAGCGAAGCUUCUCGAGCCAGCGGCCCCUCGACCGCCAGAACCGGCGGCCGGUGGGCAACGGCGCCGGCCAGGGCCAGGGCUACGCGGGCGGAGGGGGAGGGGGGCGGCACCAGCGGGCCAGCCCCGCGGGCUCCACGCGGGCAGACAAGAGGAACGGCCCAGGGUCGAAGGGCAGGAGGCGCAGCUCUGUGGAGGACGCGCUUGGAGACACGGGGACACGAGCCAUCUCCCCUGCUCCGGACGGCGCCGACGCCCGCGAAUCGCCCCCCACGGCGGGAGCGGCCGCGGUGGCGCCGGCCGUCUCCCCGUUUGCCGCCGUGUUCCGCGUCGACCGCGUCAUCCCCAGCGACCCGGACGCCAUCGCCCGCGCCGUCACCAACGCCGCCAGCGCCGCCCGGAGGCUCGGUGACGGCUUCGGGGGGCGGCAGCAGCAGCAGCAGCAGCAGCAGCGCCAGCAAGGGCAGCAGCAGCAGCAGCAGCAGCUGCACGGGGUGCAGCAUCAGGGCAGAGUGGGCGUCAGCAGGAGGUCGGCGAAGACUGACGCGCUGGCGCAGUUCGACCUCAACAACUACGCGGGCGUGGUGGUGAUCGACCACCGCCCGAAGGUGUACGACGAAGACAACGAAGAUCACGAGGAGGAGGAGGAGGAGGAGGUGGCCGGGUGUGCGGGAGAUGAAGAAGAGGAGGAGGACGGAGAGGUGGUGCCGGUGCUGUCGCGCGGCGGCGGCGGCGGCGGCAGCGGCGCUGCGGCCUCCGUGGACGGCUUCACGCCGGUGGUUUCGCGACGUCAGCGCCGGCAGCACGAGGACCGGGGCCUCUCCACCGCCAACGCCGGCACGGCAACCGCGCCGACGAUCGGCGCCUCCAAAGCGCGCGCCGUCGACAAGACGAAGGCCCAGCGCUCCAACGUGCCGCCUCGCUUCGCCCGCAAGCAGCACCAGCAGCAGCACCAGCAGCAGCAGCAGGAGGGGACAGCGGCGUCCCACCCGGCUCUGUCCGGCAGACUUGUCGGCGAGCUCCCGUUGCCGCUGUGCGAUCGCGGCGACAGGAAGGCCGCCGAUCACUCGGCGGCUACGGCGGCGGCUACGGCGUCGUCCGGACGGAGGCAGCAGAGGGCACCGGGCGGAGGAGGAGGAGGGGGAGGAGGAGGAGGAGACGCCGCGUGGGAGGCGCUGCCGCGGUCGCCCUCCCUCCUGCCGGAAGUCGUCAAGAAAUCGACGUUUGGAGCGAUCAGCUGUUCCCUGCCGCCCGCGAGCGCCUGGAGCAAGCCCCUCGCUGCCUUCCGCGUGGCGGACGUGGCGGCCGGCACCGAGAUGCCGCGAGCGAGCCAGCACGACAGCGGCGUGGACCUCAGCAUGGACUCGCACGGAUCGUCGGCCAACUCCUCACAGCGCAGCUCACCCUAUGGGACCGCCAAGUCUCCUGUGAGUGCCCCAGCAUCGGCCAGUAGCUCGGACGAUUCCAACUCCUCGUCCUCAUCCUCAACCUCGUCGACGGCAUCGGCGUCGGCGUCGGCUCCGGUGUCCACCACCUCCUCGUCCGCCUCCUCAUCCGCUCUGCCCGAAGCCAAGGAGCAGAGAGCGGCGAUGGUGACGGGGGCUCUCGGAGGAGACGCUCGAGAGCUGGGCGAGGCGGUGCGUGUGGCGCUGGCCGGCGGCGCCGGCGUGGGGGGGGUCACGGGAGGGGGGGGGCCCUCCGCGGGGGAGCACCGGCCUGGCCCCAUCGGCAAGGAGCGCUGGCUGCGCCAGCGGAGGCCGGAGAGGACUCCGCACGCAGCUGGCGCCGACGGCGGAGGGCACGGGCCUAGCGGCGCCACACACCCGCCCGUGUUCAAGAGUCCGGGAUUCGCGUCUUCGGAAGACGUGAAGACGGGGUCUGGGCUGUCUGCAGCCGAGAGCCUGGGGCCCAGGGUGACGCUGCCCGGGGUGUCGACGUCGCGUCCCGGAGGUUUGCGCUCUGACCUCGCCCACGACUCUCCAGCCACCGCCGACCUCACGCUCAAGAUGGAGUUUGCUCGCAAGGCGUGGGAGAACUCCCCCAGCCUCCCCCACGCCGCCCCCCGCUCGCCCCCGCUCGCUCCCCUGCAACACCACCACCACCACCGCCAGCAGCUCGCGCCGACGGCACAACCGCACCACCCGCGCCAGCAGCCUCCGCCGCCGCAACAACCGCUGCCCACAACUGUCCCGGCAGCGGCGGCGGUGGGGGUCGGCGGCGGCGGCGGCGGCGGCGGCGGCGGUGGCGCCGCGACGAUGGCCGGGUACGGCCCGUUUGGCGCGGGAGCCGGGCCCAUGAUGGUGCCGUCGCUGGCGCCGCCGUCACUGCCCGUGUUUGCGUCGUCUGCGGGGGGCCCCGCGUUCUACAUGAACGUGGGCCACCUGUUCACGGCCCAGCCGCGCCUGCACCCUCCGCCCCCCUCGCUGGGCCAGACGGCGUCCUUCCAGCCGGCGCUCUCUCAGCCGCCACCGGUGCAGCAGGUGACGUUCCCCGUGUACGCGUCGCUCGCGGCGCCGGCGCCACCACAGGACGUGUUCACCGGAUCGCUCGCUCCCUUCCGUUCACAACAGCAGGCUUACCUGCAAGGGAACCUGCAUCAGCAGCACCAGCAGCAGCAUCAGCAGCACCAACAGCAGCAGCAGCAUCAGCAGCAGCAGCAGCAGCACCAGCAGUCACCCUCAGCCUCUGUGGUGCUGAGCGGAGCGCAAGCUGCUCUCUUCUCUACCAGCACCACCGCGAAACCUCACGCUUACAGCGCCACUUUUGCUGCACCACUACAGCCGCAGCACCACCUGCAGCAGCAGCAGCACCACCUCCAGCAACAGCAGCACCUGCAGCAGCAGCAGCAUCUGCAGCAGCAGCAGCAACAGCAGCAGCAUCUUCAGCAGCAGCAGCAGACGGCCGGGCUGACCCCGCAGACAAGCGCGGUGGUGACGGUGACGGCGUCCGGUGGUGCCGGGUCGCCGGCGACGGCCGCCCCCCGACCGUGCUUCCCCAAGCACCCGGGAGCCGGCGCCGUGAGGGUCGGGGGCCCCCCCCCUUUCCCCCCGCACUACCUCCCCACGCAGGCCAUGCCCCAGCCAGCGCUGCUGCGCCAGACGGUGCGUCCCGCCCAGGGCACCACCUUCCCCGCGCCCAUCCAGCGCCCGCCACCGCCGACGCCUCAGCCGCUGGUGGCGACGCCGCCGCCGCAGCCACCGCCCGGCGGUCAGCAGCCCGCGGCGUUGCCCCCCGCUCAGCACCAGCAGCAGCAGCAGCAGCAGGAGCGCCAGCAGGAGCAGGCAGCCGCGCUAGCGCCGGUGGGCAGCCGGGUGGCGGUGUCGCCGUCGCCGCCACCGCCGCCGUUCGUCAACCCGCGCGAGAUGAAGGCCAAGCAGCGAGCCGAGGUUCUGCAGUCGACCCAGAAAUUCUUCGCCGGGCAGCAGCAGCAGCACCAUCAGCACCAUCAGCAGGGCAAGCCUGGCGCACAGCCACCGGCCUCCUCCACCGCCGAACAAACCCACGAUCAGCUGGCCGCUUGCCCGGCCGACGGCGCCGCGGCGGCCCCCGGCGCUCCAAGCGGUGACGGCGGCGGCAACGACGGGCCACUGCCGCCGCGCGGGAAGCCGGCGCGGACGGGCCCCAUCAAGGCGCAGCACGGCGCGGGGGGCGCCGGCGAUCAGGAGGAGCUGCCCUGA